AUGUACGCGAUGAAGGUGGUCGACCGCCGCGCCGUGGCCAAGAAGCACAAGCUGGAGCGCGCGGCGGCCGAGAAGCGCAUCCUGCGGCUCCUCGACCACCCGUUCCUCCCCACGCUCUUCGCCGACUUCGACGCCGCCCCGCGCUUCUCCUGCGUCGUCAUGGAGUUCUGCCCCGGCGGCGACCUCCACUCGCUCCGCCACCGCAUGCCCUCCCGCCGCUUCCCGCUCCCCUCCGCCCGCUUCUACGCCGCCGAGGUGCUCCUGGCGCUCGAGUACCUGCACAUGAUGGGCAUCGUCUACCGCGACCUCAAGCCGGAGAACGUGCUGAUACGCGCCGACGGCCACAUCAUGCUCACCGACUUCGACCUGUCGCUCCAGUCCACGUCGUCGCCGUCGCUGGAGCCCGCCGUCCCCGAGGAGGAGGAAGAGGAGGAGCCGCGCAGCGCGUCCUGCUUCCCGAUACGUUUCAGGCGGCGGAGGCACCGUCGCCGGUGCGCGGCGUCUCCCCCGCGGUUCGUGGCGGAGCCGGUGUCGGCGCGGUCGUGCUCCUUCGUGGGCACGCACGAGUACGUGGCGCCGGAGGUGGCAGGCGGCGGCGCGCACGGCGCCGCCGUGGACUGGUGGGCCUACGGCGUGUUCCUCUACGAGCUCCUCCACGGCCGCACCCCGUUCGCGGGCGCCACCAACGAGGACACGCUCCGCAACAUAGUGCGCGCGCCGCUCACCUUCCCCACCUCCUCCUCCGGCACUGGCUGCCACGCCGACGUCGCCGCGGCGCGGGACCUCAUCGCGCGCCUGCUCACCAAGGACCCCGCCGCCCGGCUCGGGUCCCGCCACGGCGCCGCCGACGUGAAGGCCCAUCCCUUCUUCAAGAGCCUCAACCUCGCGCUCCUCCGGUCAUCGCGUCCACCCGUCGUCCCCAGCGCCCCGCUGCACCGGUCGCAGUCCUGCAAGACGCCGGCGUCGCGCAAGCCGGACACGCAGCGCUUCGACCUCUUCUGA